AUGACAAAAGCUGUUAAACUUCCAUGGAAUUUACUUGCUGAGCUUGUUUAUUCUGAAAAUUUUAUGCGUUCUACUUUGGUUAAGAAUUUUACAAUUGUGUUUCUUAAAAUGGCUUACGAUCGUCUAACUGAAAAGGAUAAAAUUACGCAUCUAGUACCAUUAUUUAAAAAUAUUGAAUUGAAAUCUCAUAAUCUGAAAAAAAUUUUAUUCCAAAUAUUUCUCGAGUUUUUUCAAAAAUUAAGUCUUAAAUUUACAGAUUUAGAAACAAAAGAGGUAGUGGAUAGUUUAUAUUCACUAUAUGAAUGCAGCGAAAAAGAAUUAUUAUGUCAAUUACAAUCAAUUAAAUUCGAAAUAAUGAGCUAUCUCUGCAAAUCAAAGUUAGCGGCAAAUAUCUUUCCAUUCAUGUUACAUGUUUCAUUCAAUUGUCUAUAUAGUCCUAAAACUGAUGUAAAUUUGCAGAAGAAAUGUGCGGAUUUUAUUCAAUGGAUUACUAGGAAGGCUGACACUUCAAUAGUAGAGCUAAUUGGAAAGGUGCUUUUAUUUAGCUUAUUGAAAAUCAUUAAAGAAACCAGAAUCGAAAAUUUUAAUAAUUUAAUGAGAGAGCAAGGAAUAAAUCAAAAACUUUUGUUCAAGCCUUUUUAUGGUUCGCCAGACUUGUCAAUUGAAAAUUCUGAGAAAGAUCAAAUUUUUAAAGUUCAGGUCUUAGGUAUAGGAGAUGAAAGGGUUCUUAUUAAAGAAAUUAAAAGGCAGCUCCAAUCUGUGGUUGAUCAAGUAAAUAAUACUACGGAAUUACAACCUCCAAUAGGGUUAUUGACUGGUGAACACCGUGAUACAUGGGCAACGGCUCGCAAAAAGCUUGAAUCUUUAUCUGCAGAAAACAAGACCAGCUUUGAAGCAAUUGACACAGCUUUAUUUAGUGUAGCGUUGGACGACUACCCUACUAAUACAAAUAUAGAUAUUUCUCAUCAUAAUUAUUUUCACGCAUAUAAUGGUCGAAAUCGAUGGUUUGAUAAAUCAAUUCAAUUAGUUUUUGCAAAUAAUGGACGUGCAGGUAUUAAUGGUGAGGUAUAUGGUAUGGUUAUGGGUCAUUUAUUGGAUUAUAUUAUUUCAAAUGAGCCAGCACAAGAUCCGCCAGACGCCUCUUCUAUUGAAUUAUCACCUCCGCAAUACUUGAAAUGGGAUGUUGAUACUUCUAUAAUGAACACUAUUAAACAAGCGCAAAUUAACAUUCAAGCUGCAAUUAAUAAUGUUGAUAGUGUUUUAUUGUAUUAUAAUGAAUAUGGUGCCGAUUGGUUGAAAAAUGCUAAAGUUAGCCCUGAUGCAUUUGUUCAGAUGGCAAUUCAACUUGCAUAUUAUAAACACUAUGGUGAACCAUGUUCGGCUUUUGAAAUUGUUUCUACUAGAAGUUUUUUACAUGGUCGUUAUAAAAUUAUGCCAACUUGCUCUGUAGUCACUGUUGCAUUUACUAAAGCUUUUUGUGAUCCAAAUGUCAAGAAAGAUGAAAAAGUUUCUCUACUCAUGAAGGCUAUUAAAGCACAUACUGAAUCUACAAUUUCUGCUAUGAAUGGUCGUGGAAUGUAUUUUCAUCUUAUAGGUCUUAGAAGCACAAUCCUUGACGAAGAAAAAUCUAAGGCAACCUUAUUUACUGAUUCUUCGUAUGCUCAAUCAAUGCAUUUUAAACUUCGUACUUCAAAUAUGAGCCCUGGACUGUGUUUUCAUAUUGGAUUUGGAACUUAUCUUCUUGAUGCGUAUGGAAUUUGUUACAUUAUUGAAAAAGAUAAAUUGAAAGUUAGUAUUAGUAGUAAUAAAAAAUACAAGGAAGCUGAUAGCGUCAUGUUCAAAAAAGCUCUAAAAGAAUCAUUGGAUGAUCUAAGAGAAAUUUUAUCAUAA